AUGGCCUCGCCCCGCGAGGUGCCAUUCCUCAUGCGACUGCUCGUACCUUGGGUUACAUUCUACUACGGCAUUUUCAUGGACGCCGUCGCCAAGUCGGUCGUUGGCUUGCUGGAGGCGAACGUGUUCAACGACGAGGUGUCCUCGUCAUCCAGCUCUACCGGCUCCAACCGUACCGCCGAGCGGAAGAGAAGGGCUGCGCUACGCCGGCGGAGAUACCAUCUGCUGUUGGAGGACCUGGAAGGAAUGGGGGAGGAUCAAUUCAGGGACUUGUUUCGCAUAAACCGAGACUUGUCCUCCGUGUUCGGACUGUCCAAGACUCUCUGCCACAUGCUUGUUGACGCGCUCCUCAUGCAUUUCCCGUCCGUCUUCAAGCAGCAGUGGGUCCACUUCUUGACCCGUGACGACCUCGACGAGAUGGCCGAGGAGUUCCGCGCCAUCAAGGGGGUACCCGCGGUAGUGGGGGCUAUAGACGGCACACACAUUCCCAUGAAGGGGAUGGUGGGGCACAGGCAAGAGUACUACACGCGGAAGUCAUGUUACGCCGUCCAGCUGUAG